AUGGUGGACAGCGACACGAACUCCCCCACGUGGAAGUUCACCCAGUGCUUUGGAGACAAGGGCGAUGUGGAGGACAUCACCGAAGCUGAUAUCAUCUCAACGGUCGAGUUCGAUCACACGGGUAACUAUCUCGCGACGGGAGACAAAGGCGGCCGGGUCGUAUUGUUCGAACGGAACGAAACGAAAAAAACAUGCGAGUACAAGUUCCAUACCGAAUUCCAGUCCCACGAACCCGAGUUUGACUACCUGAAGUCGCUGGAAAUUGAGGAAAAGAUCAAUAAGAUCAAGUGGUGUCGUCGACAGAAUGCAUCACACUAUCUGCUCUCAACAAACGACAAGACGAUCAAGCUAUGGAAGGUAUUCGAAAAGUCGCUUAAGGUCGUUGCCGAGAACAAUCUAUCCGAUGACUUGACUCCCGCAAACCUCGCUGGCGGUGGGGGUGCUCCGAAGCAGUCACCUGCGCAUCGCUUCAAGAACUCUGAAGACCUCAUCAUGCCCCGCCUGACCCAUCAUGACACCGUCGUUGCCGCCGUACCUCGCCGAACGUAUGCAAAUGCCCACGCCUAUCACAUCAACAGCAUAUCCGUCAACAGCGAUGGCGAGACAUUUAUCAGCUCGGACGACCUCCGCAUCAACCUCUGGAACCUGAAUAUCCAGGAUCAGAGCUUCAACAUUGUCGACAUCAAGCCUGCAAACAUGGAGGAGCUGACUGAGGUUAUCACCGCUGCCGAGUUUCACCCUCUUAGCUGCAAUUGGUUCAUGUACGCAAGCUCCAAGGGCACCAUCAAGCUUGCCGACAUGCGCCAGAGUGCUCUCUGUGAUAGCCACGCAAAGCUCUUUGAGCAAGAGGAAGAUCCGUCCUCGAGGUCGUUUUUCUCCGAAAUCAUUUCCUCCAUCUCAGACGUUCGAUUCUCCUAUGAUGGUCGUUACAUUCUCUCUCGCGAUUACCUAACGGUGAAGAUUUGGGAUAUCAACAUGGAGCGACAGCCCGUCAAGACGAUUCCCAUCCACGAGCACCUGCGUCCUCGGUUAUGCGAUACGUAUGAGAACGACAGCAUCUUUGACAAGUUUGAGGUUGUCUUCUCAGGGGAUGCCAAGAAUGUCAUGACUGGCAGCUACAACAACAAUUUCAUGAUCUAUCCUUCAGACCCCGACAAGGAAGUCGAAGUGGUGCUGCAGGCCGACAAGUCUGCCUUCAAGGCUAAGAAGGUUGGCGUACCGACACCCAUCAAUUCGUCUACGAGCCCAACCGCAACCAAUGGUGGCAAGAAGGGAGGUUCCCGUGCUGGCAGUCCUGCUGCUGGAGCCGGUGGCCAGGGCCAAAGGAUGCGCAAGGAAACCGAUGCCGACCAGAUCGACUUCAACAAGAAGAUCCUCCAUAUGAGCUGGCAUCCAUUUGAGGAUAGCAUCGCGAUUGCGGCAACGAACAACCUAUUUGUCUUCUCUGCACUAUAA